AAUUUUGCAGGGAUUCACGGGUUGUGAACUGCGGCUAAACAACACUGUCAUUGCACCUCGCGGGAGACUGCAGCUGGAUCUUUUCCUUUCUCUGUUCACCAAAGACUGACGAAUUCUCACAAUUUGAGACGUCCGAGAAACUGCGCCCUUUGAAACAGGCAGGCAUUAGUGAGUGUUGACUGGCACAACUUAAGUCACAGUACUCUAUUCCGACUGCGGUCGCGGCCGAUGUAUUCUGUUGGUGCAUCGUGAUCCGAUUUGGCCUCUCUUUACGAAGAAACCCACGACCACCUACAUACGAGACGACGUCGCGCCUCCUCCCUCCUCUGAGAUCGCAUCUUGAGAGUUUGGACGAGAUGGCCUUCCUGUUCGGCUCCCGAGGCCGACAAAAGCAGCCCGCGGAAAUUGUGCGGUCUUUGAAAGACUUGCUGGGCAAGUUGGGCGAAGCCGGGAGGAAUGGUGGUGGGAUCGGAAAGGUACGUUGACAACUUCACACUUCUGGACACGUGGGCGUCUACACGCACGCACAUACACGCACGGAGAAGAGGGGGAACGAGGCCUAGAACCUAGAAAAGAGAGGGGGCAAGAGAGAUAGGAGAGGACAGAGGACUGCUGCGGAUGAGGCCUUUGAGAAUGAGGACGCGAGGAGAAGAGGCCUGUAGGACAGCGAUAGGCCAGGAGAGAACAGUCGGGUCGAUUGUUUAUGCCUCCCUUCUUCAAGCUCGCUGCGUCAUGUUGCGCAUGUGAAAGGGCGGAAGUGUACAACUGGUGGUGGUAUUCUCUGACACGGCACGGUACUGGAGGAUUGACUGCUUGUGCUCUCCUCUCUCUCGACCCCUGCCUUCGCUUGGAAAUCGCUCACGGAUUGGGGAAGCUGGCUAACGACCGGCCGUGGUGGAUAUAGAUUGAAGAAGAAGUCGGCAAGCAUAUGAGCCAGAUGAAGUUGAUUGUGCAAGGGACACCUGAAGUUGAGUGCUCCCCCGACCAAGUCCAUCAACUUGUAUCCUGCAUGAUCCAAGAAGACAUUCUCUACGAACUCGCCCGAUCUAUCCGAUCAUUACCCUUUGAAGCCCGCAAAGACGCUCAGAUUAUCUUUUCGCACAUCCUGCGGUGGCGGCCGAACGGUACUCCCCCAACAACGGAACCCUCAGCGAUAUCAUAUCUUGUUCUCCAACGUCCAGAGAUCAUUGUGGAAUUAUGCCGCGGUUAUGAAUAUCCACAGUCUGCAAUGGCAUGCGGCACGAUAUUGAGGCAAGCUUUGCAGUAUGAUACCGUUGCUGCGGUGAUUCUGUAUGAUGAAUCGCAACCCGAGAGCGCAAAAGACCAGGCGGUGCAACUCAAAGAAGUGGAUGUCACGAAGCCGCAAAGCGGCAAUGGGGUCUUUUGGAAGUUCUUCGGGUGGAUCAACAAGGGGAGUUUCGAGGUCAGUGCGGAUGCAUUUACGACAUUCAGGGAAAUCUUGACCAAGCACAAACAACUCGUUAGCCAAUACCUUGCGACGAACUACGACCUCUUCUUCAAAUCACACUACAACGCGACACUCCUCCUGUCACAAUCAUACGUCACAAAACGCCAGUCGAUCAAACUCCUCGGUGAGCUGCUGCUGGAUCGAGCCAAUUACGUGAUAAUGACACAGUACGUUGCGAGUGGGGACAACCUCAAGCUGACGAUGAACUUGCUCAAAGAUGAUCGGAAGAUGGUCCAGUACGAGGCGUUCCAUGUUUUCAAGGUGUUUGUGGCGAACCCGAAUAAGUCCGACGAGGUGAGGCGGAUCCUCGUCAAGAACCGUGGGAGGCUGUUGAAGUUUCUGCCGAGUUUCCUCGAUGGAAGGACGGAUGAUGAUCAGUUUCUCGAUGAGAAGAGCUUUUUGGUCAGGCAGAUUGAGAUGCUGCCGGAAGAGGGCAGUGAGCAGCAGCAGGGGGUGGCAAGUGGAGAGGGUAGUGGGCUGAGAGUCGGAGCAUAGGAUGCUGCCUUUCUCCCUUGAGUGCGCCACGGCGAAUUGGACCCUUUCGGAUCAGAUGAGAAGAGACCAGCGUUUGGACGGCCCGGCGCGGCAUGUAUUAUACGGGAUGCAUGAUCCUGUCGUCUCGCUGUGCCGAUUUUGGAGUUGGUGGAUUUCGGGUUUCCUCAACAGGGCUCGAGAGCAGCCAGCUGGGCUGACGGUGUGGCUGCAUCUAUUUUCGGUGUUGGUGACUGCAUCGCAGAGCAUGGUAUAUUGGAUCAUGGGUACUGCCCUGCGGCAAGCGAUGGACGUUAGAGAGUUCGUUGUGGCGUGACUGCAGUAUUGAUUAAACGAGCAUACGAAGCGAUGAAGAAGAACCACUUUCAAGCAAGCAUGUUUGCUUAGCUUAAAUUCAAGCAUUGGCAACUACCUAGGCAUACAUCAGUUGAG